UGCUUCCGAAACGCCUGAUCCUGUUUCAUCUGGCAUAUUAUAUCUAGUCACCACUGAGCUGUGAAAGGUUAGUAGAAGGUACUCAAGAAAUGCUGACGUCGUCCACGGAGUUGUUCAGUCCGUCGCUUGUAGCCAUCUCAGGGUUGGUCCUUGCGUUAAAAGGACCAAUACUCACUAUGAGAGGACUACGCAUUCAACUUCGCUCUCUCCCCUCCAUGCUCACUUUCUUCCGCUGUACGCAUUGAAGCGGAAUCGAGGAUCGGUUAACAGCGAGGUUUUAUGCUCGAUAUUUCAGCGGGAUGCUGUUAACGACGUUCUCGCUGUUUUUUACAUCUUACUCUCAAACUGCAUGUGCGACUGUGCUCAUCUACGACAUCCUCCUCCUCCUCCCCACUGAGAUUAAAUAUGUAUGGCUUCCUCGGCCCUUACAUCCGCGUUUAUUACUGUUCGCGUUGAACCGCUACUCACCUUUGGUCGAUACGGCAUUGUCCAUCAACUGGCUCCUGCAAACAGCCACCCCCGCUCUGUGUCGCCGGUUCCUCACCACUGUAAGCCCGUUCGUGCUCAUUGGGAUUUUCACAUCGCAGGUGAUCCUCAUGAUCCGCACCUAUGCGAUGUGGGAUAGGCGCAGGACGAUAUUCUGGUGUUUUGUGGGAAUUGGAGUCUUCAGUUUCAUACCGGGGACACUUUGCAUCGUCAUAUCACUCAAGACGACACAGUUCGUCACAUUAUCCGGCGAGCCCGGCUGCUUGAAUCUGUCUUCCACAAAUAUCAUGGCAGUGGCAUAUAUCCUUAUGCUCGUUGCUGAUACGAUCAUUGCUUUGCUCACGCUCCUCAAGGGUGUCGAGCACCUUCGUCGAUCAUCCCACCCUUUCCUUACAGAGUUAUACGCCUCAGGGAUGCUGUUCUACGUAUGCAUCUUCUUCAUAUCCCUCGCCAAUAUCCUUGUUCCUGUGUGGGUCCCUGGUCUCACAGCCUCCCUUGGUUGCUUCCAGCGCAUUUUCCACUCAGUGCUAUGCAACCGCGUUAUGCUGCUCAUCUUUAAGCAGCGUCGACGCUAUCCUACAGGAGGGUCGUACACGGACGGCAUCGAACUAUCUGAUACCACAAGAUCCACAUAGCAGUGUACAAUACCAGAGAUAGUUAAUAUCCAUCGGUUCAAGCUGAAUGCAGUAGAGGCUGGCGCACUUUUACCACAAAACAAGAAAGAAUUCGUUUUCAACGUUUGAUACUGAAACGAAGGUCCUUUCAAACCACACAGG